CUAUUAAUUAAAUUAGAGGAGAAUAAGAUACACCGAAGCUCUAGAGUAACUCGGGGAGGCAGAGCAGAGGCAGAAAGAAAAGCCCAAAGAUCCGCCCUUUGCUGCUCCCCAAAGGAUCACACUUCUCCCAGUACCCCAUCAGUCCAAGCUCCCCUUCUACUUCUUCGUUCGCAUGAUCCAAUCUUAAAACCUAUAAAUCAACUAAACCCCAGCUUAUUUACAACGUCUCCAUCUGUUCUGAUCAUGGCCCAUUCGGCAGCAGUCUCGCAGGUCUCUUUUGCUGUUCCUGUUGGGAGCGAUUCCACUCUAAGAAGAUCAGUUCUUAAGCCACGCAGUAUAAGCUUCAGUGAUAAAUCAUGGGUCCCUUCAUUAGCUUUGGAUUUGAAAUCAAGGAAUGCUCGAUUGCAAAAUCAUUACAUAGUAUGCAUGUCAUUGCAACAAGCCAGCAGAUCUAAGGUUGCAGUUUCACCUUUAGAAUUUGAAGAUGCCAAAGGGCCUCCAUUGAAUUUAUACAAGCCCAAGGAACCUUACACAGCAACCAUUGUCUCUGUUGAGAGGCUUGUAGGACCAAAAGCUCCUGGAGAAACUUGCCAUAUUGUGAUUGAUCAUGGUGGCAAUGUUCCUUACUGGGAAGGACAAAGUUACGGUGUUGUCCCUCCUGGUGAAAACCCAAAGAAGCCAGGGGCACCUAACAAUGUACGUCUCUAUUCAAUUGCAUCUACCAGGUAUGGAGACAAUUUUGAUGGCAAGACAGCUACUUUAUGUGUUCGUCGUGCUCUUUAUUAUGAUCCUGAGACUGGAAAGGAGGACCCUUCAAAGAGUGGUAUAUGCAGCAAUUUCCUUUGCAACUCAAAGCCUGGGGAUAAAGUUCAGAUCACUGGACCUUCUGGCAAGAUAAUGCUUUUGCCUGAAGAUAACCCUAAUGCCACGCACAUAAUGAUUGCAACUGGCACUGGAGUGGCUCCAUUUAGAGGAUACCUCAGACGAAUGUUCAUGGAGGAUAUCCCUACUUUCAAGUUUGGCGGUCUUGCUUGGCUCUUCCUUGGAGUAGCAAACACCGACAGCCUCCUCUAUGAUGAUGAAUUUACAAAGUAUCUUCAAGACUACCCAGAUCACUUCCGCUAUGACAAGGCACUCAGCAGAGAACAAAAGAACAAGAGUGGAGGAAAGAUGUACGUGCAGGAUAAAAUUGAGGAAUACAGCGAUGAAAUCUUCAAACUCUUGGAUGGUGGAGCUCACAUUUAUUUCUGUGGGCUCAAGGGAAUGAUGCCUGGGAUCCAAGAUACACUGAAGAGAGUUGCAGAGCAGAGAGGAGACAGCUGGGAGCAGAAGCUCUCACAGCUCAAGAAGAACAAGCAAUGGCACGUGGAGGUGUACUGAUUUCGCAUAUUAUUAAACUCAUUUUUCCCAUUCUUCCAACGAAAAUUAGCAGUCCGUUCCUCAGUGAACGUAGCAUUUUUCAAUUGUUUUGGUUAGCUUAGCAUGAACUCAGAUUAACUGUUACAGUUCAUCUGUAUUGUUAAAUAAUGAAAUGAUUCUCAUGAUUAGAACAGAUUAAGAAUCCUUUUGGUUUUAUAGUUGUUAAGAUUCUUGUACUAGGUACCCUAUGAACUGGAGUUGUCUUUGCCUUCACAGGCGUAGUUACCUUUCUUGCCAAUGCAAUAGCAGGUGAAGUAGUCUCUUCUCUCAGUAGUUGGAACUGGAUAUUUAUGAUGGUGAUCUCCAAUAGACAGGCUUUAUUGGUCCCUAGUCCCUACAGAGAGAAGCUGACCUCUUUUCAGCACUUGUAGUGAUGUUGAAGCAUAUCUAACUCUCAAUUGCAAUGAUGUGUAUGUGUCUCUUGUGCUCUUCUGCUUUUAGAGCAUUGCCUCAUCGUUUUUGUUUGCCAUUUUUGGUGUGUCAAAAGAAUAUUUAACUAAAGCCCUUUCAUCAUCCAGCACAACACAUGGGGCGGUCGGUUCGGUUUUGGUUUAAAGAUUAAGGUUAAUUGAGAUUGAAUUAAAUGAUUCACUCUGAUUUGAAAUUUCAUUUUAAUUCGGUCUGAUUUUGAAUAAAUAAUAAUUAUAUUUUUAAAAAUUUUAUAUUUUUUAAUGAAAAUAUUAAUUUUUGCUUGAAAUUAAAUCGAAUUAAACUUACUGAUUUUAAUUAGAAAGUGCGACGCUUUUAUUUCACUUUCACAACUCAUACUGGAAUCUUAACGGCCACAGUUUUGGCAGUUAUAUUGCACUUGUCAUAAUUAUUACUCACUUCGGCCCUUUUUUUUCCCUAAAAAAACAAAAAUAAAUAAAUAAAGCGUUGCGUUUGAUUUUGAUUGUGAUUUUGAUUUUGAUUUUGCUUGGAUGUGAUGGCAGCGGGAUGGGACGAUCAUCAUUCCCUCCUCUGACCACUCCUAUUUAUUCUUCUUUUUUAAUAUAAAAAAAAUCUCUCUCUCUCUCUCUCUCUCUCUCUCUCUCUCUCUCUCUUUCUGGGUGAAAAGGGGAUUUGGAUUGCAAGUCAGAUUUCAAUUCCUUCACAACUUUUGCUGACAACUUGGCGGAAAAAAGCUGUGUUGGAUGAUUUUUUGUUGUCAGUAAAGCAAUGAGCCGCUCGUCAGACCUGCCUGCCUCAGGUA